AUGCCAAUUCCUCAAAAUCCCAAAUGGGUGUUCCUCAUAUUCCUCUUCUUCUUCUUCUUCUUCUCGCCCUUCCUCUCCGACCCUCGACCCGUCCUUUUGUGCGGCUCCUCAAACAGGGGCACCAUCCUGGACUUCCUUCCAAAUUUCAUUGUUGUUAUGGAUAAUCUCACCGAGGAAGUCGAUGAAUCCGGAUGGUCAGCCGUGUCUAUUCUUUCGCCGGCUCCUCAGAUCUACACCUUUGCCCAGUGCUUUAGCUUUCUCUCCCACAACGAUUGCAUAGCCUGUCAGACUGAGGGCCGGACAGAGCUCCCCAGAUGCUUUCCUGCCGACUCGGGCCGCAUUUAUCUUGACGGUUGCUACCUUCGCUAUGAUACCCAUGAAUUCUUUGAGGAGCCGCUUAACAGAAACCUUGAUACGGUGAAAUGUGGGCGUGCCGGAGCUGUUACCAGUGAUCAGUACGUCGGACGGGAAUUUGCGAAAAGGGUUUAUAAAGCCGUCCAGGAUGUGACUACGACGGCGGCGAUGAACAAUGGGUUCGCAUUGGCAGGGGAGAAGGGAGGGGUGGAGGCUGUUUAUGCAGUAGCUCAGUGCUGGAAGAAACUGACGCCUGAUAGCUGCAGGAAAUGCCUGACCAAUGCAGCGCUAAAGGUAAGUAUGUGCGCGCCCGCCUCCGAGGGCACGGCUAUGAAUGUUGGUUGUUACUUGAGAUAUUCUACGGAGAAUUUCUCUCGCAAUGUCACUGAGCUGCCUAAGGAAUCAGGUGCGACCAUCGUUGGGGUCACCAUAGUAGGCAUUUUGGCAGCAAUUAUCUUAACUAUGCUUGCUCUCAUAUGUGGUGUACAUAAGAGAGUAUCAGAGAGGAAAACUGAGAAAAAAAAUCUUGCUGACAUUUCAAUUUCUGUGGACAAGUCCUUGAAUUUCAAGUAUGAAUUGCUCGAGAAGGCCACCAAUUCUUUUGAUGGCUCGAGGAAGCUAGGCCAAGGUGGAGCUGGUUCUGUGUUUAAGGGCACUCUCCAUGAUGGGACAAUUGUUGCAGUUAAAAGAUUGUUCUUCAAUACGCGGCAAUGGGCGGAUGAGUUCUUCAAUGAGGUGAACUUGAUCAGCCGCAUUCAACACAAGAACAUUGUUAAGCUUUUGGGUUGCAGCAUUGAGGGCCCAGAAAGCCUUCUAGUUUAUGAAUAUGUAAUCAACAAAAGCCUUGAUCAAAUAAUUUUCGGUAAGAACAACACAAUCCUUCUCCUAACCUGGCAGAAGCGGUUUGAUAUCAUCUCCGGAGUAGCAGCCGGCCUUGCAUAUCUUCAUGGAGGUUGUGGAGAAAAAAUAAUCCACAGAGACAUAAAAACCAGCAAUAUUCUCCUUGAUGAGAAUCUUACUGCAAAGAUUGCUGAUUUCGGACUUGCUCGAUGUGUCGCGCCAGAUAAAUCUCAUAUUAGCACAGGAGUAGCAGGAACACUAGGAUAUAUGGCUCCUGAAUAUCUUGUUCGAGGACAGCUAACAGAAAAGGCAGAUGUUUAUGCUUUUGGUGUGCUGGUUCUAGAGGUUGUAUGUGGCAGGAAGAACACUGUUUUCACGACAGGAUCAAGUUCAGUUUUGCACUCUGUUUGGAGGAAUUACAAGGCAAAGAAAAUUACUGACUCUGUUGAUCCUGCCUUGAAUGGUGUAUAUUCUGUGGGAGAGGCUUCCAACGUGCUUCAAAUUGGGCUUCUUUGCACUCAAGCUUCUGCUGCACUAAGACCAUCCGUGUUUGAAGUGGUUGAGAUGCUAAACAAUGAAAAAUGUGUCAUCCCCCCACCCAAACAACCUCCAUUCUUGAAUGCUAGUGUCCUAAGUUCAGAUGACUCCAGCAAUAAUUCUUAUUCUACGAUCACUUUGACCUCAAACUGGAAAACAACAACUGAAGGGUUCUCUUUGUCCAACAGCAAGUCCUCAAUCUCAAGUGGGCAACCGCCAGCUGAAGCCACCACUUUUUACAGUGCCCAAUCUGCCAGUGUGGGCAUUCCUGGAUCAGAUAAUUAG